GAGAGGGGAGGAAAGAAGGAGGAGGGCUGUGCGCAACGUCGGUGCCAAUAGGCGCAGCGCUGUCUAAUUAAACCCCCACCACGUAAUCCCAACGAAACCAUCCCCCCGUUUAAAUCCACUCCACCGGCGCUCACCACUUAAACACACUGUCCUCCGCUGCCAUCCCGUCCCGACCGGCCCCUGGAGGAGAGGAACCGCCAGCAGCAGCAGCAGCAGCAGCUCCGCACCGCAGCACCAUCUCUGCUGCCUCUCGCCUGCACGGUAACAUGGUUUGCAGGGCUCGGCUGCUGUAGCCAAGGGCCACUUAGUCAGUCACUCAGCUAGUCAGUGAGUGUGCACUAAGAAGCAGCAGUAGUAAGCAGACGGAGAUCCAGCAGCGCUGUACAGCAGGAGCACCGGAGGAAAGCGUCCGGAGCGAGCCGAGCAUCCCUGCAUCUCCACCCGGCUGUCCUGCACACCGGCCCCGCUGAACCGGAGCAGGGACACCCCUCUCCCCACCACAGACACCACCUCGGCUCCAUCGGGUGGGAAAAGCAGCCUGGCUAGUGCUGUAGUCACUGUUGUUGUCAAGGAAACCAAGAGUCCCAUCCCGUUGCCAUGGGGAAACAGAACAGCAAGCUGCGGCCAGAGAUGCUGCAGGACCUCCGGGAGAAUACUGAGUUCUCUGAUCACGAGUUGCAGGAGUGGUACAAGGGUUUCUUGAAGGAUUGCCCCAGUGGGACCUUGAAUGUGGAGGAGUUCAAGAAAAUCUACGCCAAUUUCUUCCCUUACGGUGACGCCUCCAAGUUCGCUGAGCAUGUCUUCCGAACGUUUGACACCAACGGCGACGGGACGAUAGACUUCCGGGAGUUCAUCAUCGCCCUGAGCGUGACGUCACGGGGCAAGCUGGAGCAGAAGCUGAAAUGGGCUUUCAGCAUGUACGACCUGGACGGAAACGGGUAUAUCAGCCGCGAGGAGAUGCUGGAGAUUGUACAGGCCAUCUACAAGAUGGUGUCAUCCGUGAUGAAGAUGCCAGAGGAUGAAUCCACGCCAGAGAAGAGGACGGAUAAAAUCUUCAGACAAAUGGACCUCAAUAAUGAUGGCAAAUUGUCCCUGGAGGAGUUUAUCAAAGGUGCCAAAAGCGACCCCUCCAUCGUGCGGCUACUCCAGUGCGACCCCAGCUCGGCCUCCCAGUUCUGAAUCCCUCGUCCUGCUACGACCCUUUCCUCCUCACCCUCUCUGUUGCUAUUGAAACAGUCACUCAAAUCAAUGCAUGAUGGUUCUCGUCUCUCAUAUCAUCUCUCUUAUUUUUUCUUUUUUUUCGUUCGUUGUUGUGUGCAAGGAUGGAGGAGGGAUUUUAAGGAGGAUAAGAAAAGCCAUCACUAUUAUUUUACUUUCAUUUUCAUAUUUGAUGAAGGGACACGCAUACAUUUAAUGAUGGGUCGACAGUGGCUUCCACUAAUGUUCCCGAAUAUCUCUCUCUCUCUGGAACGACGGAUUUCCAGGAGAAGGUGUGGAUUCUUGCAGGGCGGGGAUGGCUCAGUUUGUCCUCCAACACAUAUGUAUAUCAUGUAUAUACUGUACGUCUAUGUAUAUCAUAAGAUGAAGUUUGUCUUCAUGUAUGGUGCACACUCUGGCAUUGAGAGGCAGUAUUAUGUAGCGUAGCUUCCUGGUGUGAUCUGGACGGGUGGUCGGGGUGGAGGUGGGUGGGAGUGGGGGGUUAUUGGGAUUUUACUGCUAUAUGAUCUUUCGCUGAGAAAAAGAGGGCCUAAGAUCCCAUUAGCUUUUUAUUGAUAUCUACUGGCAUGUUGAUUUUUAAUUGUUUUUUUUGUACAUAUUGUUUUCCUCCUUCAUGUUUUAUUUAUUCAUUUUUAUUCUUAUUAUCGUGCUUUUACUUUGAUAUGUUGUUAAAGAUGACCGUAUUCCAGUUUACAGUGACAGAGAGAGAGAGAAAACGUGACUUUAGAUUGAUCUCUUCAGGAUUUGUCGGAGUGGAAGAUUGUGAGACUCUAGUGACGUAAGAGGAUCCUGUAUUGCGUUUGAUCAAUGACACCAGUAGCACAUAUUGUUUGAGCCGCCAUGAGUUUAUAAAGUAUGGCUGUGCAUUUGGUGUGAAUGCGUGUGUGUGCAUGUGAAUAUGCACUGUGUGCUCGAGGCUAACUUUUACAGUAUUAUCAUGUUGUGUUGUUUCUUAAUUUGUAAGUAUUUUAAAGUUCUUUAACAACGAGCAGUAAACUUAAGAUAGUCGUAACCUGUCACUAUACUGCAUGAUCCUGUGAACUGACAAAAAUCCACAUAAAAAAAAAAAAAAGCAGUUAACGCACAGCAGUAUCUUUUUGUAGCUCUGCAGCCUCCUCAGCACUGUACCAGGCAGAAAUGAUUGAGUAUUUGUCUUGCUUUGGGACAAACCCUCCCGCCCCCUCGCCGCCCUCCCCUCCCUCUCCCUCUUUUCCUCUGACAGACAGAGAACUCACUAAGGGCUCGUUCAUCACUCUCUAGCUGAAAGCUUUUAUAACCUCCUGGAUUAGUCUGCUUACAGAGCAGUUAGAUGAAGGGACAUGUUUCCUGAGAUAGGAGCAAGUGCACACGCUUGUUCUGGGUAGAGUUUUCAGGGUUUCCAGAUAUAUGUCGUAAUGUGACAGACAACAGUGGCUGUGUUUACAUGAGCACUGAUAAAAGUCCUUCAUGAACUAUAUUUUAAUUUACCAAA